AUGAAGAGUGAUGGCUCCAGCAGACAUGUUGGAAGCGGACCGUCGAGCCAGUGUUGGGAACGGGCCAAAGCGCCGAAAAAAAGGCGGAUCGAAACCAAAAAGUUUUCUCCAGGCUGGACGAAGAUGUUCCCGUGGCUAACUUACUGUCAGGCUGACAACACAAUGAAAUGUAAAGUGUGCAGUCAGAGAGCUGACAGCCACCAAAGGACACUUAAUCAAGCUAAAGCACACAGAGACAAUGCAUUCAAGGUUGCACUUAAAACAGUUCUAUGGUUAACUAAUGAGGAAGUGGCUAAUGUUAAAUACCGAAGUUUGAUUCAUUUCCUUCAAAACCUUGGUGUUGAAGAUGCAAAGUCUUUGAAGAAAUCUGGCAAUGCCCAGUACACCAGUCCCAAAAUCUUCAACCAACUGCUCGAUGCUCUAAAUGCAGUUUCCAUUCAAGUGCUGAAAGCUGCUAUAAGUAAUUCCCCUUUCGUGGGUAUUGGGAUCGAUGAAAGUACGGACCUGUCGCAGGAAAAGCAUAUCGCAGUGGUUGUACGAUAUGUUUCCGUAGAGGGCCAAGUGGUAACAACCUUCUUGAAACUGGAAGCCAUUAAGGAUGGAAAAGCCCAAUCCCUCUUUGAUGCCACUGCCAGCGUGUUGUUACAAUUUGGUGUUCCAUUCAGUAAGGUUGUUGGAUUGGGCGCCGACGGUGUGAAUGUGAUGUCAAGCGAGCAGAAUGGACUCAACGGCCUCAUGAAAGUUCAGAACCCUUACUGUCUCUAUGUUCACUGUGUAUGCCACAGACUGGCAUUGUCUGUCAGUAACUGCCAACAACAGAUACCAGCUCUGGAUACACUUACUAAGAUCAUAGGGAGUGUAUAUAACUAUGUCCAAUACUCCAAGCUUGAGAGGUUCAAAGACAUCUCCGCAAUACUUGAUAUGGCCACUGUCAAAUUCAAACGUCUUUUUGAGAUCAGAUGGCUAUGCUUGGGCGAGGCAGUUGUGGCAGUCAUAAGGAAUUAUGAACCUCUGAUGGUUCUUCUCAGCCAAGAUGCUAACAAUGGCGACCCAACAGCCAUAGGUCUCAAUCAACAACUAUCGUCAUUUAAAUGGGUGGCCCUCUUACACCUGGUUGCAGAUGUGCUGAACACAAUUAAUCACCUCAGCAGGCUGUUUCAGCACAAUGAUGUGUCCUUUUCAGCAAUUCGGGGCGAGUUACAGGAUUGCUUGGAAACACUCAAUGACAUGAGACAACAGAAUGGCCCUUAUAUGACUAGUUUAAUGACCAGCCUGACACCUGAAAAUGUGUUCAAAGGAGUUACUCUGUCUGACGCCAGAGGUCGUCGUGGAGGAAACCAGCAGGAGGUGUUCAGGACGAUAAGAGAGGAGCUUCUUACAACCUUACAUGGAAACAUAAGGGGGAGAUUUCCAAGGGUUGAUAUCUUGGAAGCUAUGCAGAUCUUUGAACCAGCCAGCUACCCAGGGCUUGACAGACUUCUGGCAUGGGGCAAUGUACACUUGGAGACGUUAUUGGAUCACUAUGGGCAGCAAGAGAUGAACAGUGAAGGUGUUAGGUUUGAUCCACUUGUUGACCCGGACCGAUGCAGGGAAGAAUUCCUACCCUUCAAGAGAGCUGUGGCUAGGAAUCUCGGGGAGGACCAAGUCCACCGAUACAGGCCUACAGAGCUGUUUCAACACAUGUUCAGUCUAAUAGAUGGACAGGGGCAGCGACAAAUUUUCCCAGGUGUCUGA